CUCCCAUGGCCAUUUCUGCCCAUAAACAAAAACUUAUCAGCGUGUCACAUCCCACCCUGCACUCUGACGUUCCUCCCUUCCAGUCUCAGUCUCCGAACACCACCACCACCGUAUCUCUUUGCUGCAGGAUUUCUUCUUUCGUCCUCACUUAUAGACUUUGCUCUUCAUCUCUCUUCUUUUCGUUAUUCUAGACUCAGAAGUAGCGGAUCGUCAACCGUCAAUAUGGGCAAAGUCAAGUACGUUCUCCUUGACUGCGACAACACCCUCUGCUUGUCCGAGCGCCUGGCCUUUGAGGCUUGCACCGAUCUCACCAAUGAACUCCUCGAGAUGUACGGCGUCAAAGAGCGCUACACGGUCGAAGGCCUGCUCGAAACCUUCGUCGGCCAGAACUUCCGUGGUAUGAUGGUCGGUCUCCAGAAGAAGCAUGGCUUCGAGAUGCCCCCGGAGCAGCUCGAGGAAUACGUCAACAAGGAGCUCGGAGCCGUCACCGCCAAAUUGUCCGCCAAGUGUCAACCGUGCCCCGGUGCCCCUGAGGAGAUGGAGCGCUUGCACCAGGCCGGAUACCCCAUGGCUGUCGUUAGCACCUCUGCCAAACCCCGCGUUGUCGCCUCUCUCGAGAAGGUCAAGAUCGACCACUAUUUCCCCAACGCCCACGUCUACAGCGCCGCCACCUCGCUCAACCCCCCCUCCAGCAAGCCCGAUCCCAAGAUCUACCUCUACGCCUGCGAGCAGCUCGGUGUCAAGCCAGAGGAGUGCAUCACGGUCGAAGACAGCAAGAGUGGUGCCACCGCCGCCAUGCGUGCUAAUAUUCCCUGCAUUGGCUACGUCGGCGUCUACAAGUUGGAGGAUGGUGAGGAGAAGAUGAAGCAGAUGGCCCAGGUUCUCAAGGAACAGUGCAACUGUGUCGAGAUCAUGUACGAAUGGACGGAAUUCCCAAAGAUCUUGGAGAAGAUCGAGAACGGGAACUAAGUGAGAUACUUGUUCUCUCGCCGAUGCUGGAUGAACAGUCAUGACCAUGACCGGGUGAUGAGAUGACGAAAACGGAGCCUCAAGACACUGUAAACGACUUUACAAAAAGGAAAUGAGCCCAGUCGGAGCGGAGAUAGGGUAACCAGAGCAGAGCGGCCUUUGCACCAAACGUUCUUUGCCAGAUCCACCUGGUUGAGAUAGGCUCCCAGGACCUCUGGCCUAGGCCCUAGACGCCCUCGUUUGGCUUGGAAUAGAAAAAUGAACUCUUUGAUACAAAAGGCUACGAGCUGGUGGGGUUUAUUUGUUUUCAGUCAUCCGGACCCUCUCUACUAACCGUCCC